UUCGAAAGCAUAUCCCUUUAUAGUUUAUACGAAUACCACCUCCCCAAUUAAGCAACUUAACUCCAAGUCUUACUCAACACCACCAGCGGAGAUGGGUCUCCGGCGCACCCCCCUCCUCCUCCUCCUCCUCAUCCUCCUCCUCUCCCCCUCCCCCAGCGCCGCCUUCCGCAAGAAACACAAGCUCCCGGGCCCCAUCAAAACCAUCGUGGUAAUAGUGAUGGAGAAUCGCUCCUUCGACCACGUGCUCGGCUGGCUCAAGCCCUCCCGCCCCGACAUCGACGGCCUCACCGGGAAGGAGUCCAACCCCCUCUCCGUCUCCUCCCCGGAGUCCCCCCGAAUCCCGGUCACCGACGACGCCCUCUUCAUCGACGGCGACCCUGGCCACUCCUUCCAAGCCAUAAGGGAACAAAUCUUCGGCUCCAACGUCACCUCCCUAACCCCUGCCCCCAUGAACGGGUUCGCGCAGCAAGCCGAGUCCAUCAAGCCGGGCUUCUCCAAAACCGUGAUGAGCGCCUUCAAGCCCCAAAUCCUCCCCGUCUACACCAAACUGGCUCACCACUUCGGAGUCUUCGACAAGUGGUUCGCCUCCGUCCCCGCCUCCACCCAGCCCAACCGCUUCUACGUCCACUCCGCCACCUCCCACGGCGCCAUGAGCAAUGUCCGCAAGGAUCUCAUCCACGGCUUCCCCCAGAAAACCAUCUUCGACUCCCUCGCCGACAACGGCCUCUCCUUCGGCAUCUACUACCAGAACAUCCCCGCCACCCUCUUCUUCAAAACCCUCCGCAAGCUCAAAAACGCCCUCAACUUCCACGACUACGCCUUGAAGUUCAGGAAACACGCCGAGAAGGGGAAGCUGCCCAACUACGUGGUCAUCGAGCAGAGGUACUUCGAUGUCGAGGUUUUUCCGGCGAAUGAUGACCACCCCUCGCAUGACGUGGCGGCGGGGCAGAUGUUUGUGAAGGAGGUGUAUGAGAUUCUUAGGAAGAGUCCGCAGUGGGAGCAGAUGGCCAUUUUGAUUACGUAUGAUGAGCAUGGGGGGUUUUAUGAUCAUGUUCCUACGCCGGUUGUCGGUGUGCCCAACCCUGAUGGGAUCAUUGGCCCGCACCCUUAUUACUUUGGCUUUGAUAGAUUGGGGGUUAGGGUGCCCACUUUUCUUAUCUCGCCCUGGAUCGAGAAGGGGACUGUGAUUCAUGAAGCAGAGGGUCCAACUCCAUAUUCUCAAUAUGAACAUUCGUCUAUUCCUGCCACAGUAAAGAAGCUUUUCAAUUUGAAAUCCAAUUUCUUGACAAAAAGAGAUGCAUGGGCUGGUACCUUUGAAAAAUACUUUUACAUUCGAGAUACUCCUCGUGAUGAUUGUCCAGAAACUCUUCCGGAGAUAAAGACACUAAGGUCACAUGGACCAAGAGAAGACUCGAGACUUUCAGAAUUCCAAAUGGAAUUGAUUCAGCUUGCAUCUCAGCUCAAUGGUGAUUAUGUACUCAACUCAUAUCCAAACAUUGGUAAGACCAUGACAGUGAAAGAAGCAAACAGGUAUGCAGAAGAUGCAGUGAGGAGGUUCCUGGAAGCUGCAAAGGCUGCUCUUAAAGCUGGGGCUAAUGAUUCAGCCAUUGUCACAAUGAGGCCUUCCCUCACAAGCAGAGUUGCUGUGGGAGAUAAUCACAAAAAUUUGGAAUCAUACUGAUUCUCUCACUAUAUCGCUGUAAAUAUGGUAUAUAUUUAGCAUAUUCAAUAUAAUGUAGGAAAAAAAAAACCCAAGAGUUCUUAGUAGAAGUAUUUUCAGUUCAAGAACAAUUAACCAUAUAAUUGAUUAUUUUUGUUCAAAAUGAACAAUCUGUUAUUGAUCACCACUGUAAGGUUGAUUGUUCUUAAAUUGAAAAGAAUUUUACCAAGAAUGAUUUUAUUUAGGAAAACUUCUCUUACAUCCAUAUCCAUGUGUCCGACAAAAGGUUUUUUUAAAAAAAGAGAAGCUUCUAUAAAUAUUAAUUGUAUUUCCUAAAUUGACUUCUGAAGCAACAUAGUAUGUACUAUCAUGUAUACUAUUGCCACGUAUGCUAUUGUUCUAAUUUAGAAACAAAAGUACAACUUUAUUUUUAUUUA